AUGAGGGCCCCGCUCCUCACUGCUGUGCUCUGCCUCCUGGGGGCCCUGGCCGCGGAAGAUGGAUGCAGCUUCCCGGAGGGGCCCACAGUGGUCAAGGAUACAGAGCUCUCCCUGCACAUGCAAGUCAGCAGCCACGGCCGCCCCCCUAGCCUCUUCCUGAAUUGGGAGGUGCCAGUGCCCGAGGGGCUUGGCUACACCCUCCGCCUCACCCGCCUGGGCACUCACAGCUCUCCGGAAGAGUGGCAGGGCCGAGCCGGCCCCAAUGCCACUGGUUUCGAAUUCCACGAUCUGCCACCUGGUGCCCGUUUCCAAUUGGAGACGACUGUGGUGCUGCCCUGUGGACGGAAUGCCACCCACAGUGUCAUGGCUCAAACGACCCCCAUGCCCGUCAGCCUCCUGCGGCUCCACAGACCCGGGGACCCCGCUGCCUUGGAAGCUACGUGGGGCUCUGCCCCUGGGGAGCAGGACAGGUACCAGCUCCUUCUCUACCACCUGGACUCCCAGACGCUAGCCCGGAACCUCUCGGUGCCACCGGGCACCCUCUCCUUCCUCUUCGAUGGCCUCCUGCCAGGCAGCGAGUACGCCCUCCGGGUCACCACCUGGGCCGGGGAGCUCCAUGCCAGCACUGGCGUCCGCCAGUGGACAGAUCCAGUGCCCCCGGAACACCUGGCACUGCACCAUGGAGGCAGUAGCACUGCCCUGCAAGCCUCCUGGAGUGGAGCGGAGGGGGCCACCUGGAUGCAUCUCAUCCUCACUGACCUCAUGGGUGGUGCCAACCACAGUGCAGUUGCCAAGCGGGGCGUCUCCAACUACACUUUCAAUCACCUGACUCCGGGCACCCCUUACCACCUGGAAGUCAGAGCUACCUCUGGUCCCCUGACGGCCUCAGGACCCAACGCCACAGAAUGGACUUAUCCCUCUGUCCCGCUUGACCUAGUGCCAACAUCCCAGCCCCCUGGGCUCUCUUUGAGCUGGCAAGCAGGGCCAGGCAGGAGGGAGGGCUACCAGCUCUACCUGAGGGGACAAGCUGAAUGCAACAUCUCUCUGGGACCCGGUGCCCUCAAUGCCACUUUCCCAGGGCCGCUGCCCACGGGACACUACACCCUGGAGCUCGUAGCACUGGCAGGGCCCCAAAGAGCCUCGGCAUGGACAGACAUUUGGCUGGAAGCCCCAGCAGCUCCCUCGAACCUUAGCCUGAGCAGCAAGGAGAGGCCCCCUGUCCUGCGUGCCAGCUGGGGGCCGCCCUCCGGGGACUCCGACGGCUACCGGUUGCGUCUGUACCAGCUGGCACCCCCGAGGCUUGAGGCGGAGCUUACCCUGGGCCCUGCAACCCGGAGCUUCUCCUGGGCACGGCUACCUCUGGGCACGGAGUUCAUGGUGCAGCUGGCUGUCUUGAGGGGUCCGGAGGAGGGAGUCGCUGCCAACACCACCGGCUGGACAUACCCCGAGGCCCCAGAGAACCUCACCCUGACCAACGUGGGCAGCCCUGAAGCCCCAGCUCUGCAGGCACUCUGGAGGAUGGGCAGAGCCCAGAGUUAUGCCCUCACCCUGUCUCAGCUGCCCCAAGGCACCGUCGUCCACCACCUCAUCCUUCCGGGAAAUGCCACUGAACACAAUUUCAGGGGACUGGAGCCGGGUACGGAGUAUGGCUUGAGGGCCUGGGCCGUUGCAGGAGCUUACCGGGCCUGGGCCCACAACAUUACCCACUGGACACCUCCCCUGCCACCAGUGGCCCUGAAUGUGAGCAGUGAGGGCCCUACCAGCCUACAGGUGUCCUGGGGCCAGGCGCCUGGGGGCCGGGGCAGCUACCACAUCACCCUGCACCGGGAGGGAGUUGUGGUGGACACCCAGGAGGUGGGGCCAGAAGUGGUCAUCGCCAACUUCUUGGGGCUGACUCCGGGCACCAAGUAUGAGGUUGAAGUCAGCUCCCAGGCAGGGCCCCACCGUGUCGCAGCAGCCAACAUCACCACCUGGACCUCUCCUCUGGCCCCCGAAGAGCUGUCGGUGGCGAUGCAAGGCGACAGUGCAGUGGUGUCUCUGGGCUGGGCUGAGACCUCGGGGCAGGGGGACUGCCAGGCCUGGUUUUCGGAGCCUGGGGGCUCCCCACAGAGGGAGCCCCUGCAGCCAGGCCAAGCCAAUCUGGUCCUGCGAGGGCUCACCCCCGGACGCAACGUCUCCCUCUCUGUGCUAUGCCAGGCCGGGCCGCUCUGGGCCACCACUGGCCCGGUGGUAUUGCCUGUUGAGCCGGGCCCAGUGGAGGAUGUACAGUGCCAGCCUGGAGCUACUUGCCUGACUCUGAACUGGACAGUGCCCACGGGCGAUGUGGACACCUGCCUGGUAGCAGCAGAGCAGCUGGUGACUGGGGAGGCGGAGGUCCCUGUCUUCUAUGCCAAUACAUCCCAGGCUGCCCUCCUGCUGUCUGAUCUGGUGCCUGCCACCUCUUACCGUCUCAGCCUCACUAUCCUGGGCAGAAAUGGGCUGUGGAGCCGGACGGUUACCUUGCUGUGCACUACCACUACGGAAGCCUGGCAACCCCCCAAGUUGGCAGCCGCUCCCCGCCUGGAGCCCGAGGCCGGAGCCGGGGUGGUGAUCACACCUGGCAUGUUUGGCGAGGAGGACAGGCACAUCCAGUUCUAUGGCAUCGUGGCUACCACCAACACCACCCUUCUGCGCCCGCACCGCGAAGCCAUCUCUCACACUUGGUACGACCACUAUUAUGGGGGGCAGGACUCCUAUCUGGCGUUGCUGCUCCCCAACCCCUUCCGGCCAGGUCCCCGGGCAGCCCUUCGCUCCUGGACGGUGCCUGUAGGCACAGAGGACUGCGGUCAAACCAAGCAUACCUGCAAUGGGCGGCUCAAACCAGAUAUCCAGUACAGGUUCAGCGUUGCAGCCUUCACCAGGUACGACCACCUGGAUCCUGACGUCUCUUUCACGGCCUUCUCGGAGCCCCGUGCCAGCAGUUCGGUGGCAUCCGUGCCACUCCCGGUGGCAGCGGGAGUCGUGGCAGGCUGUGUGCUGACAGUUGGUGCUGUGCUGGGUCUGCUCUACUGGAGACAAAUGUCGGGGCAGAGAGCCGAGAAGAGGAACCUAACUCAAGAGAUGGCUACCCUCAACCUUCGGCACAUCCACCGGCCUAUCCCCAUCCAGAGUUUCCGCCAGACGUACGAUGCGAAGAGCGCCAGUGCCCACUAUGCCUUCUUCCAGGAGUUUGAGGAGCUGAAGGAAGUGGGCAAGGAGCAGCCCAAGUUGGAGGCAGAGCUCCCUGCCAAUACUGCCAAGAACCGCUAUCCCCACGUGCUUCCCUAUGACCACUCGCGGGUGAGACUGAGCAGGCUGGAGGACGAGCCCAACUCAGACUACAUUAAUGCCAACUUCAUCCCGGGCUACACCCGGCCCCAGGAAUUCAUUGCCACCCAGGGCCCCCUGAAAAAGACCCUGGAAGAUUUCUGGCGGCUUGUGUGGGAGCAGCAGGUCAACACUGUCGUCAUGCUGACUGUGGGCAUGGAAAACGGGCGGGUGCUUUGUGAGCACUACUGGCCCUCUGACGCUGCCACCCCUGCUCUCUUCGGUCACAUCACCAUCCGCCUCCUGGCCGAGGUCACUGGGGAGGAGUGGACAACCCGGGAAUUUCAGCUGUUCUAUGGUCCCCAGCAGCGGGAGCGGCAGGUGCAGCAGCUGCAGUACACGGCCUGGCCCGACCACGGCCUCCCCGAGUCCACUGGCUCCAUCAUGGCCUUCGUGGAGCUGGUGCGGGAGCGAGGACGGGUGGCUGCGGGGGCCGGGCCCACUCUGGUGCACUGCAGCACGGGCGUGGGCCGGACGGGCACCUUCAUCGCCCUGGCGCGACUCCUGCAGCAGCUGGAAGAGGAGAAGACCGUGGAUGUGUUCAACACCGUGUACACCUUGCGGCUUCACCGCUACCUCAUGAUCCAGACCCUGGCCCAGUACAUCUUCCUGCACAGCUGUCUCUUGGACAAGAUCUCCGAGGAGCCUCAAGCCAAACUGGCCGUGUCCCAAAUCUCCCCCGGCCCCAUCGCAGCCAAGAGCUUCCUGCAGCAGUUUGCCAAGAAGUCGGCCAGUGCCAACGCUGGCUUCCUGAGGGAAUACGAGAACCUCCUGGAGGCACUCAAGCAUCACAGUGAUCCUGGGACACCCUGCCCUGGGCACCAGCCAAGCAACCCCAUCUCCCAGCUCCUGCCUUAUGACCGUUCCCGUGUUCAAUUCUCUCGGCUGGAGCAGGGACCUCUCUCCGAACUGGGCCAGGCCUGGCUCUUCCCAGGUGGAGCCCUGGGCCAGGACUGUUUGGCGCUGGCAGGCCCGGUGCAGGCAGAUGAGUUCUGGAGGCUGGUGUGGGAGCACGAUGUCCGCGUCCUCAUCUCCCUGUGCCCGCCGGAGAGCCAGGAUCAGGAGGAGUGGUACCCCCUGGAGGGUCGGCCCAUCCACACUGAGGCGCUGACAGUCCGGUGGGAAGCAGAGGUGGCUGUGGUGGAGUGGCCUUGCUCUCGACUCUGGAUCAAACAUGAGAAGAAGGGGAAGGAGCGGCAACUGUGGCGGUUCCAGUUCCUGCACUGGGAAAGCGGGAGGGAACCCCCAGCCCAUGCCCUGCCCCACUUUCUGGAAGCCGUGCUCCAGUGCAGCCUGCAGGACAAGAAGCCUGGGACUCUCCUCGCUCAUGCAAGUUCAGGACUGGCUCAGCUGGGGACCCUCCUAGCCCUGGAGCUGCUGCUGCAUCAGGCUGGAAAAGACGGCACCGUGGAUGUCUUCAGUGUGGUCCUGCGGCUGGCACAGGGCUGCCGCUCUAUGACCCCGACGCUGGCGCAGUACAUGUACCUCUACAGCUGUGUCCACAGUGCCCUGACCGGACAACCCGUAUGAAAAGGCGAGGAAAAGGCCAGGGCAGUGUCCCAUCCGUGUUGCUGUGCAUCUCUCCCAACCUCUGACCUGUGCCAUGCCCAGCUCAGAGCUUCCAAACUUCCCGGCGCAGGAAUAAAGAGAUCUGUCGGA